CAGCUAAACAUGUUUCAAUGCGCUUGGCUCAGUCUAUACUUUGAUGAGUAACUUGACUAUCUGAGUUGUUUACGUACUUGUUGAGUAUUUACUAAUAUAUAUAUAUAUAUACAUAUAUUUUCUACGAUAUUGUUAUUCAGUCAUUGUGCAUAGAUAAUAACUGUAGAUAUGAAGCUGCUAAAAAUCACAGAAUUGAUCCGUGAUAUUCCAAAUGGAGGACCAUUAGGAGUAUUUAGAAAACGAGCAAGUUUUGAUUGGAAAAAACUGAAAUUAAAUAUUUUUGGUGUUGAUUAUCUUGAGUAUCAUGAAAAAGUUUAUAGGUUUAUUGAAAAUUCACCCGAUUUUCAAAAACCCACAAAAUCUCUCACACUAGAUGAAUAUCGACGAAGAUGUUUCAACCAGAUAAAAAUUCUCUUCAAAAACGAUCUUAUUGUAUCAAAUGGCUUGUGUUUGAAUGCUUAUAUUGAUUAUGACUCUUCAUUGCCAGUGACUGUAGGUAUUUUAUAUGCCAUGGUUCCAGGAGUAAUUUUUUCUCUGGGUACUGAACGUCACAUUGAUUACGUCAGCAAGUUCUAUAGUGGACAAUAUAGAGGAUGUUUUGCCCUCACCGAAGUUUCUCAUGGGACAAAUGCAAAAGGUAUGAGAACGACUGCGACUUAUGACGUUAGCUCACAAUGUUUUAUUUUAAAUACACCAGACUUUGAAGCUGCUAAAUUUUGGAUCGGAGGGCUAGGUAAACAAGCAACACAUGCAGUAGUUUUUGCUCAACUAAUAACACCAGAUAAUAUUUGUCACGGUCUCAAUAUCUUCGUCGUUCCCAUUAGAGACCCAAAUACCAUGCUACCAAUGCCAGGAUUAACGAUAGGUGAUUUAGGUGAAAAAGUUGGACUUAAUGGUGUAGAUAAUGGUUUUGUGAUGUUUCACAACUUUAAAAUACCGAGAGAAAAUUUGUUGAAUAAAAUGUGUGAUGUUACACCAGAUGGAAAAUUUAUAUCAACGAUUAAGGAUCAAAGCAAACGAUUUGGUGCGUCACUUGGAACUCUCUCUCUUGGUCGAGCUAACAUAACCAAUAUUUGUUGUAAAUACAGUUCAUUGGCAAUAGUUAUUGCAGUUCGUUAUUGUGCUGUUCGUAAACAAUUUGGACCAUCAGAAACCGAAGAAUGGCCAGUUUUAGAAUAUCAGGCAUUAUACGGAAGAUUAAUGCCGUGGUUGGCAGCUACAUAUGCCAUACUUAUUUUUUCAACAACUUUUAUGAAACAAGUUCAAAUCUUUCAAGCACAUUUAUUAAAUCCCGAAACGAAAGAGGAAGCAGCUGCUGAAGGCUUAGAAAUUCAUGCUCUUUCUUCAGCUACAAAACCUCUUUGCUCUUGGACUGUUAGAGAUAUUAUUCAGGAUUGCCGAGAAGUUUGUGGUGGAAUGGGAUAUCUUAAAAUCGCUCGCCUAGGAGAUCUGAGGGCAGAUCAUGAUGCUAACUGCACAUACGAAGGUGAGAAUAAUGUUUUAGUUCAACAAACAAGCAAUUGGCUUCUGACUUUCUCUUCUAACUUUACCACUGGUACAUCCAUGCCUUCACCUUUGAGAUCAAUUGACUUCUUAGCUCAAGGUAAAAAAAUUCUUCAAGAUAAAUUUACUUGUACGAACUCAGAGGAAACUUUGGAACCUGAAAAUUUAGUUAAGGCUUUUCAAUGGCUGGUUUGUUACUAUUUCGAAAAAACUUGCCAACGCGUUGAAGCUUUGAAGAAUGAAGGAAAUAAUCCCUUUACAGUUAGGAAUGAAUCUCAAACUUUCUAUGCUAAAUCAUUAUCACUUAUUUAUGGAGAGUAUGCAAUUCUGAAAUGCUUCGUCGAAAAAAUCAAUGAUCCAAGUUGGAGCGCUGAAGAAAAAACUGUGUUGAAAAAAAUGUGUUCUUUGUACGGUUCUAUGUGCCUUGAACGUAGACUUGGUGAUCUAUAUGCUGGAGAGUUCGCUGAUACUUCAUCAAAAAUAGACAAAUUUUUACGUGAUGGAAUUCUGCAAACUUCGAAAGAACUUGUUGAUGAGGCUGUUGUACUUGUAGACGUUCUUGCACCUCCAGACUUUAUAAUAAACUCUCCCUUAGGAAUGUCUGAUGGAAAAGUCUAUGAACAUCUAGAAAAGUCACUGCGUCAAAAUCCGGAAAACUCUAAGCGCCCAUCAUGGUGGAAAGAGAUGGUAUCGAAGUUAUAAUAAAUGAGGCGUACACAUAAAUUAUGGGAAACUUUCUUAUUUCGAUUAUAACAGGGAACUGUUACCUUGGUCGUCCUUCAAAUUGGCGCCACUGGAAGUAUUAGCGGUCUUCCAGAACCGGGUCUUAAUUUGUCAGGGUCGUUGUAAAUUUAAUUGGUAAAAGAAGAAUGAGGAAGGAUACUUCAUAAAUAAUUUAAAAUUUAUUUACAAUCACUAUUUUUACUCUUUAUUUAUUCAGUCAAUU